CAAAACAUGUAUGUAAUACUACACCGUUGAGCGUAGAAGAAGACUUCCUCCACGACUUUGACGUUAGCUGCAGCGGCUGUCCUGACCUUCUCACAGCAGCGUGACAAACUGAAAGAUGUUGGGAGUCGCGUUUAAAAAUUGGUGGUCCAAGGUUGGCCCUUACUACACUAAGGCAUACGUGGAGGUUUGGCCAGGCCUUGCCAUCAUGACAUACGCGUACUACAAAAUUUCCUAUGGAGGCAAAAAGGCUGUGAAGGACAAGCCUGCCCAUUGAGUUUUCCGUCAAGCUCAUCACCCCUCCACCUGCUGUGAGAUAAUGCCCCGUCGCUAGUGCAGAAGUCCAGCUUCAUAUUUGAAUUUUUGUUAAUAUGGGACAAAUAAAGUUAUCUGAAACGUU